AUGCAGACUGAGCAACGUCUUCGAAAGGCUAUAUCUGAUGUAUCCUGUGAAAUCGAUAAGAAGUAUGAGAUUUUGGACCCUUUUACUACAAGUGAUGAAGUGAAUCAAGCAGAAUGCGAAUGCUGUGGACUGAAAGAAGAGUGCACUCAAGAUUACAUCUCAGCAGUCAAGUUCUCUCAUUCAGGCAAUUGGGUUUGCGGGCUAUGUUCAGAAGCUGUUAAAGAAUUAACACUAGAGCGAAGUUCGAGACUGAACAUGCAAGAAGCUGUGAGCUGUCACAAAGGUUUUUGUCAAGAAUUCAACAACACCACUAGGCUCAACCCUAAACUUUCAUUAACUUAUGCUAUGAGAGGUAUAGCUAAAAGGAGCUGUGAGAAGAGAAAUUCAAAGACUCCAAAGCUUGCUCGAAGCACUAGCUGUGUUCCAAGGAUCGAUCUAAAACAGUAA